GGCGGCGCUUCCCUCAGCGCAGGCGCGGGGCGGCGGCGGCGGAAUGUCGGUGGUGUUCGUGCCGGAGCGGCUGCGCGGCAAGGCGGAGGUGAACCAGGAGACGCUGCAGCGGCUGCUGGAGGAGAACGACCAGCUGAUCCGCUGCAUCGUGGAGUACCAGAGCAAGGGCCGCGCCACCGACUGCGUGCAGUACCAGCAUAUCCUGCACAGAAACCUCAUUUAUUUAGCCACAAUUGCAGAUGCGACGCCACCCAGCGCGCAGAAGACUACAGAGUGACUGCAUGUACCCGGCUGCAGGCUGCCCUGCUUUACAGAGAAAGGCUUUAGUUUACAUUGCCACUGUGGGAGGGAGAAAGUGUAGUCACACAAGGCAGGUAAAGAGCCAUCCCACUAUGUUAAAAUGUGAAUUCUAAUAUUGGAAUAGCUUCUUUCUUCCUAUUAAGUAGAACUUAGGGGAGAGGAUUACCAAGCUUUCAGCUCUGGAAAACCUCAGUGUUGUGUGUUUCUGAAAAUAGCUCAGUUGUCAGGACACCACCACUGCUGCCUUGGGAAGAUUGUGGCAGCCUUAGUGAGUUUCAUGACUGAGAUUGUGUAACAGGACGACACCAGUGGGCAGGUGGGAAAGUAGAAAUGAUGAGACAGAUGUUGCACAGACUAUUGUGUACACUGUAUCAUAAAAAUUGUGCUAAUAAAUUGAAGAUGUGCUUUGUAAAGCAAUAGUUUCUGGAUUAAUGUAACAAGUUAACAGAGGAACACCUUGGCGUUUACUGCAAAAGGACUUGAAUUUCAGAAUUCUAGGAAGGAGCUUUUAAGUUAUGCAACUGUCAAGUUCACUAAGAGGGCUGAUGUUAACCCCUCUCGCACCAAGAUUUUCAUUUUUGCUUGGAAUGUUCUGCCCUACAGAUUCUGUAAACAAGUAACUUCUUGCAUUAUCAGCAAGGCCUCACGUGCACCUUGGGUAAUUGUCAGCCUUUCAUCUGUCUGCCUCUAUACUCUUACCUACCGAGAGCACAGCUUAUUUUACUAUUAUAUACAUAUUUUUACACCUGAUUGUGCAUUUCAGUGAUGCAAUUAGCAUAAGCUAAACAAGCCUCAGUAAUUAGUUCUCCCCUCCUCAUCAUUCUCCCCCCUUCCCCCCUCCCAAAAAAAAGUUUUCACUCACUCCCAUUCAAAUCAUUUACUUGUCUAAAAAUUCACAUUACUUAUUUAUGGCAAUGCUCAUCUGCACUAAUAGUCCAAAGAUACUGUUAAGGCAUUUUCUCUUAUGAAAGAGUAUCUUUUAAGAUGCUUCAGGUUGUAUGGUGUAUUAAGUUCAGUUUUAUAUCAUGUAAGUAGGCAGCUAACAACUUUCAAACUGUUAAAUAAUCCUAUGUUAAUGAAGGUAUUUGAUUACAAACCAAAAUUACAAUUUUAGAUGCUGCUCAUUUUCAGUAAGGUGCAUAUUCUAAACAGGUAUGACCUAUUAAAUGUAUAUCUUUAAUAAAGCUAAUAUUUUACU